AUUCUUGAUCGAUCAGCUCAUAUGAAAUAUUUGAUUCCUUCUCUCGGUCAUCUGGGAGCUCGACUCACUAGUUUAGAUGCUAGUCGACCUUGGCUAAUGUAUUGGAUCCUCAACUCAUUUUCAAUCUUAAACUUAGGUCUCAAUCCUACCGAUCGUCAAAGAGCCAUCGAUACUAUCUUAUCAUUUCAACAUCCUGAUGGAGGUUUCGGUGGUGGACCAGAUCAAUUAGCACAUCUAGCUCCUACCUUUUCAUCAAUAUCAACUUUAACUUCACUCUUAGGAGAGGCCAAUCCAGAAUUAAUCAAAGAAACUUGGUCAAGAGUAAAGAUUAAGAAAAUGUAUGAAUGGAUGAUCAGUUUAAAACAAACAGAUGGAAGUUUUCUAAUGCACAAGGAUGGAGAGAUUGAUGUUCGUGGUACAUAUUGUGCUUUGGUAGUAGCUAGUUUACUUAAUUUCCUUACACCUGACUUUUCAUUUGGACUAUCUAACUUUAUCUCAGGUUGUCAAACUUAUGAAGGUGGUUUAGCUUCUACUUCUCAAUCAAUUCAAAUCAAUGGUUCUGAUUCAAAUCAGUUUAUUAGAGUUCCUUUAGGUGAAGCUCAUGGUGGUUAUACUUCAUGUGGUGUACUUUCACAUUGUUUAUUAAAAAGUUUACCUGGUUCUAUUGAACCUUUAGAUUAUCAAGCUUGUCUUCGUUGGCUUGCACUUAUGCAAGCCUUACCAAUCGAAGGUGGUGGAUUUCGAGGACGGACUAAUAAACUUGUAGAUGGUUGUUACAGUUGGUGGUGUGGUGGAUUAGUUCAAGUGAUAGAGGAGUUAAUUGAAGAAGAAGAAAGGGAAAAGGAUAAUGAAACAACUAGAGCAGAAGAAUCAUUCAAAGGCCUUUAUGACCGAAAGGGGCUACAGGAGUACAUCUUACUCAUCUCUCAGGGUCAAGCUCCUGAACCAAUCCUAGGAGGACUAAGAGAUAAACCAACAGUUCCACCUGAUCAAUAUCAUACUCAUUACAUUCUCUCUGGUCUUUCAUCAGCUCAAAACCAACAUCGAAUGUCUAAAGAACAACACAAGAUGAUGAAAAAACUGGUGGUCGGAGUUCCUGCCAAUCAACUUAUACCUAUUCAUCCUCUUUUUAAUAUUCGAUCUGAAUAUGUGAAGAAAACAAUGGAUUAUUUU